ACGAAGGGGUCAAGGUGUGGCGUUUCAUUUGCCGCUGAUCAAGACGGUAUCAGAAAAGUGCAACGAAAUCAGAAAUAUAUUUAAAAAACACAGCCUGGCAACAGGUUUUUGGUGUUUGUAAUUCGUAUCACGAACGACUCUCGUAAAUGGAAACAUUCUUAUUUUAUUUCAAGUUUGGAUAAAUAUAUUUUCUCAUUUCAAUUGUAUUAAAAAUACAACAUAUUCCGAUUAUGUUGCGGCGUUCUAUAAAUUCCAUAGUGAUUAUUGCAAACCGCAAUUAUACCAACAAGCCAUGCUCCAGGUUCAGCAACAUGGCUCAAAUCAUCGAUGGCAAGGGCAUUGCUCAGGAUAUCCGCUCCCAGUUAGCCAAGGAACUGAAGGAGUUCGUGGCCGCCGGCAAUCCAACGCCUCAUCUCACGGCGGUGAUCGUGGGCGAGGAUCCUGCCAGCGAGAAGUACGUGGCAAACAAGAUGACUGCCUGCCGCGAAGUGGGAAUCUCCAGCGAGACCAGGAGGCUACCCGCCUCCACUACGCAGGAGGAGCUGCUGGCGCUGAUUGAUCAACUUAACAAGGAUAAUCGCGUAAACGGAGUGCUGGUGCAACUUCCGGUGCCGGAGCACAUCAAUGAGCGCACUAUCUGCAACGCUGUUCACGUCGACAAGGACGUGGAUGGCUUCAACGAGCUGAACAUAGGGCGCCUGGCUCUGGACAUGGAGGGCAUCAUCCCAGCCACACCCCUGGGCGUGAAGCGAUUGCUGGAGUACACAAAUAUUGAGACUUUGGGAAGAAAUGCUGUCGUAGUUGGCCGUUCCAAGAACGUCAGCCUGCCAAUGGCCAUUCUCCUCCAUUCGGAUGGGAAAUACGCCACCAAAGCUCUCGAUGCCACCGUGACCAUUUGUCACAGAUACACGCCACCAAAGGAACUGGCCCGCCACUGUCGCCAGGCGGACAUUAUUGUGGUGGCCGUGGGCAAGCCAGGACUAAUCACCAAGGACAUGAUUAAGCCAGGAGCCUGUGUCAUUGAUGUGGGAAUUAAUCGCAUUAAGGACGAGAAGACUGGAAAGUUCAAGCUAGUCGGUGAUGUGGACUUCGACGAAGUCCGUCAGGUUGCCGGGCACAUCACUCCAGUUCCUGGCGGCGUUGGUCCCAUGACAGUUGCCAUGCUGAUGCAGAACACCAUUCAGGCGGCGAAGAAACAGCACUGCGCCAAGCUGAGUGCAAGAAACGAAUGAAGCUUCGGCUUCAAUCAUCUCCUGGGUUGACGCUUCGCUGGGCGAAACAUAGUAUUUUUUUAUUUAAUCCACUAACCUGUAGAAGAGUUUAGAAUUACUGACCAACCGCUAACAUGACGAUUGUACCACAAACAGAAACUAUUUCACAAUAUAAACAAUUUCAAUCUUA